GUGUUCAUCUUCCUGUAUUUGAAAGCUUUGAAGAUGGAAUUGAUACAUAUGAGUUGACUGGACUGUCCCGUGGUGGUCAGCAGAUGGGAAAGCUCAAGAUGAAUUACAAACGUGCUAUUGAGUUGCUGAUUGAGCUAGCCACACUCCAGGCUUCAUUUGUAAUUCUCGACAUUGCAGUCAAGACGACUAACCGCCGAGUAAAUGCCAUAGAACAUGUCAUCAUUCCACGGUACGAGCGCACACUGGCAUACAUCAUUUCCGAACUUGAUGAAUACGAGCGUGAAGAGUUUUAUCGCUUGAAGAAGAUUCAAGAGAAGAAAAAGAUAAUCAGGGACAAGGCAGAACGUGAAAAGUUAUCCGCAAAGAAAGCUGAUAGACUGAAAAAUGUGGAUGAUGAAGAAGCAGAUGCAGCAGCAGCAGAAGCAGAAGCAGCAAUAGCAAUAGCAGUAGCACAAGGAAACAUUUUUGAUGAUAACAGUGAGGAAGAAGAUCUUCUUUUUUAGUUUUCCACCAUCCAUUGAUUUUGAAAAUUAUUUGUUUUUAUGUGUAGUGUAAAAUUAGAAUGUAUGUACAGCAGCUUUUAUUUAUUUAUAUUUGAAGAAUUUUUUAAACAAAAUAUGACCUAACAAGAUACAAAAAUUUAUGUAAUUCAGUGAUGAAUCUGUCAGGUUAGUUUGGGUUGAAUAUUCUGUAUAUUUAUUUAUAAUAUAAUUGACUUAAUUUACAGUGUUCUAGCCACUGUAUUAUGUGCAGUGUUAGCAUUCAAAACAUAAAAUUUAUGUUUACUGUAAUAUAAUUGAUGAGGUGAUUUCUCCUGUCCACUUUUAGUAUUAUAAAUAUUGUCAGCACUGCAAAGAGAAAUCAGUAUACUAAUACUAUAUACACUCUUUCUUAGGCCUUAUUUGUGCCAUUUGGGAAUAGGGUAAUACGCAAGGAGUAAACCAAGAUAAGUGGGCUGAUUGGGUUUUUGUGUGUACAUAGAAACAAGUUGGUAGUUCAUAUUAUGAUAAUAGACUUGUACAUACUACUGUAUAUUAAAUAUACAAAUAUUA